CCAAUUACACUCAUCACAAGUACAAUUCCCAUAAGUUCAAAACCCUCCACAUUUUCCAUACCCCAAAAUGGUUAAUAAAAAUCAAAACCAAUCUCUCUUAUGCAUCUCACUAAUUUCACUACAACUAAUUUCCCUCACAUUAGCAACACUAUCCCCUGCCACGUCACCAAUUCAAUCUCCCCCAAACCCACCCAUUUCACCCCCAACAAAACCAUUAAUCUCCAAAUUACCCCCAUCACCAAAUGACAAGAAUACCCCUGAAAAUCCAUCCACAGAUAUAGCUCAAAUAUUAAAAACAGCAAAUUCAUUCAACAUUUUCCUCCGACUCAUGAAAACAACACAAUUAAUCAACCAACUAAACUCACAACUCAUAACCAUAAAAUCUGGUGGAUUAACAAUUCUAGCACCAGAAGAUUCCUCUUUCUCAGAACUCAAACCAGGGUUCCUCAACACACUCUCCAAUGAACAAAAACUCGAACUUCUUCAAUUCCACGUUAUUACUGAUUUUGUUUCAACCUCCAAUUUCGAUACUUUGACUAACCCUGUUAGAACACUUGCUGGAAACAAACCUGGAAAAGUUGAACUUAACGUGAUUAGUUAUGGUGGAAAUGUGAACAUUUCAACUGGACAAGUUAACACUACGAUUAACGGAGUUGUAUAUAGUGAUAAUCAUCUUGCUAUUUAUAAAGUUGGUAAAGUGCUUGUUCCGUCCGAGUUUUUUGGUAAAAAGAAAAGUGUGGCGGCACCAUCUUUAGCCCCGGCGCCAGCAAAGGAGGAUGCUAAGGCGCCGAAGGCUGAUAAGGUGAAGCCGCCGUCAUCAAAUGAUUCGUCGGGAACGACGACGCAAGUUGUUCCUAUUGAGACCUCUGGUGGUAUGAGAAUUGACAUGUGUGGAAUGUUGGUGGCACUUGUUGGAAUUGUUUAUGUGGAGGUUCUUGCAACAUAAACUAGUCAUCUAUAUCUAUGUCUAAAUGCAUGUUUGGAUUGAUGGUGAAAUCAACGACAAAAAAAAAAACUACUUUUAUUUAAACUUAUACUAAAUAUACCAAUAAUAAACUAGCUACUAUAAUACUUUUUGUUUUUGAAUGUUUAUUUUGUUUGAGGAAAAUGUUUGGAGUGUUUAUGACUGAGCAUUGGAAGUGAAAAAUGAGGGAAUCUUUGUAUUUGUACAAGAAUAUAUUAUAAUAAAGAAACGAGAUUGAUGUUAUA